AUGUUUUUAAAAACGCUAUUUUCUCCGCGCCCGCGCAAUUACACUUUGCUUCAGCCCGUGCACCACAGCCCUACGGAAUUCGCGAUGCAAACGUCCAAAGCAGACAAGGUCGUCACCACGGCCGCCGAUGGCGACGUCGCAGCGGGCAACCUGGAUGCGGACUCGAGAAGGCUGGCCGAGAUGGGCUACACCCAGGACAUGCAACGGAACUUCUCCGUGAUAUCUUUGCUGGGCGUGGCCUUCUCGCUAGCCAACUCGUGGUUCGGGAUCUCCGCCUCGCUGAUCACCGGUAUAAAAUCAGGUGGAACAGUAUUGACCAUCUAUGGAAUUCCCUGGAUCGCCUUCGUCUCGACCUGCGUCGCCGUCACGCUGUCCGAGCUGGCCUCGGCCAUGCCCAACGCCGGCGGCAAUACUUCUGGGCCAGCGAGCUCGCCCCCAAAAGAUACGCCGCAUUCGCCUCCUACCUCACUGGAUGGCUCGCCUGGGCCGGCGCCAUCUUCACCUGCGCCACGUCCCCAAGCCCUGGCACUCCGUGGUCGCCUACGAAGUCAUCAACCUCUUCUCCUUCCUCUUCAACUGCGUCGGCAAAGCCCUGCCCACCGUAGCCACCGCAACGCUGUACAUCUCACUCAUCUCCUUCGCGGUGAUCCUCAUCACGUCCCGGCCGCCGCACCCACGCACGCCAACGCCCACUUCGUCUUCGCCAACUUCGUCAACUCGACCGGCUGGCCCUCCGACAGCCUCGCCUUCCUCGUCGGCCUUAUCAACCCCAACUGGGUCUUCGCCUGCCUCGACUCCGCCACCCACCUGGCCGAAGAAGUCUCGCACCCCGAACGCUCCAUCCCCAUCGCCAUCCUCUCGACUGUCGCCAUCGGCUUCACCACCUCCUGGUUCUACUGCAUCGCCAUGUUCUUCAGCGUCCACGACCUGGCCCCGAUCCUCUCCUCGCCCACCGGCGUCCCCAUCCUCGCCCUCUUCCACCAAGCCCUGCAAAACAAACCGGGCGCAAUCGCCCUCGAAUCCCUAAUCCUGAUCACAGGCAUCGGCUGCCAGAUCGCCUGUCACACAUGGCAGUCCCGUCUCUGCUGGUCCUUCGCCCGCGACAACGGCCUCCCCUGCUCCCGCUUCCUGGCCAAGAUCCACCCCGUCCUCGACGUGCCCCUCAACGCCCACGCCGUCAGCUGCACCAUCGUCGCCCUCCUAGGUCUCCUCUAUCUCGGCUCCUCGACCGCCUUCAAUAGCAUGGUCUCGGCGUGCAUCGUCCUGCUGUACUCCAGCUAUGUCGUGCCCGUCAUCGCCCUGCUCUACAAGGGAAGGCGGAACAUUACCCAUGGUCCCUUUUGGUUGGGGAAGCUCGGCUGCUUCUGUAAUUGGGUCGUCCUCGCUUGGACUGCGUUUUGUUUGGUCGUUUAUUCGUUUCCGAGUGUUUAUCCCGUUACCCCUGGGAAUAUGAAUUAUGUUUGUGUGGUGUACGCCGUUGUUGGGGCCAUUAUUGCGGUGGAUUGGGUGACGAGAGGGAAGAGGAGGUUUGGGGGUCAGCACCAGGAGGUGGAGGAGGAGCAUUAUACUGAUUAA